UAAACUUAAGCAUAAAUAAAUAAAAACAAAUACAGCAAAUAUGUUAAAAAUUUUUAAAAAUAAAAAAGACAAACCGACUAAAUCGGAAAUUAUCACUGAAACAAAUAUACCGACGAAGUCGACUACUACAAAAUGUGGAAAACCUUUAGUACUAGACAACCAUCGCUGGGAGAGACGACUUCACAAGGAGCUGAUGUCUUUAAUUAAGGAACCACCACCAGGCGUGACUGUUGAUACGGAAAGUGUUGGACAAAAUUUGGCAGAGUGGAAAAUACAAAUUGCUGGUUUUGAGGGUACACUGUAUGAAGGAGAAUGUUUUGAGCUUCUAUUUAAAUUCAAUAACAAAUAUCCCUUCGAUUCGCCAGAGGUAACAUUUGUUGGAAAUAAUAUACCUGUUCAUCCUCACGUCUAUUCAAAUGGUCACAUUUGCCUCUCUAUUCUUACUGAUGAUUGGUCACCAGCGUUAUCAGUUCAAUCUGUGUGCUUAAGUAUUGCCUCCAUGCUGAGUAGCUGCCGCGAAAAGAAACGUCCGCCAGAUAACACACUCUAUGUCAAAACCUGCAACAAAAAUCCAAAGAAGACCAAGUGGUGGUACCAUGAUGACUCUGUCUAGUGUGAGUGGCAUACUGUCAAGUACCUCAAAAUUUUAAAAUCUUCUCUACAACAAUCGCUAUCGGUACUUUGGCUAGAAAUAAAAAAACCCCUCAAACACAUCAAGAGUAGGAAAAAUUUAUUUUUUAAAAAAUUGGCAAAACUUUGAUGU